AUGAGCUGCACUGCAGCCUUGGAUCCGCCGUCCGCUUCGUCCUCAACAUGUCAUUGGGACCCGCACGGCGCCGUGCGACCCGGUCUUCGGCGUUCUCCAUCCGCGUAUGAAGUUAUUCGUUGCUCCAGUGCGCAGGAGUGCUCAGGCUUCCCUUCGUCGAGCCACUGGAAACAAAGCGCGGCAUGCACCCCGGAAAAUGGCUGUCCGGACACCCUUCUGUUCUCCGAUGAUACCGCUGCACACAGCACACGCGGACAUGGAACCUGCGCCCGGGAUGCUGGCGAGGAAACAGACUCAGCAGGAUUGUGGGUUAGCAGUGAUCUCCAGUGUUCAAAGAUAAUACAAAGUGGAAAGGCGGUACAACGCAACAGUGAUAACGAAGACCUGCAUACUGUACCCCAACCGACAGGUGCGGGAGCUGAGAGGCCCCUGUUAAAUCAUGCCAUAGUACGACAUGCGAGGCUUACUGACGGAGGCAGCCCACGUACCGGGACUUCUUCUGAGACUCUCAGAAUUGCGUCUUUCCCAUUCGACAAUGUGGAGCUUCAUACUUGGGACGGCACGUGGAAGAAGGCAUCGCCGAAGUGGCAACACCGCGCCGCUCCAUUCGGAGUCGCAGUGCAUAGGAAGGAGACUGGGGGCGGCGGGGACUGCAUGUACCACAGUAUCGCGGCGUGCCUGGAGGAGCUGGCGGAGAUUCACCCAGAGUUUGAAGCGCUGGAUAUGCAAGCAAUCCGGAACGCGGCUGCAGAUGGCUUUGUCGGUUACCGCGCAUCCAAAUUACGUCACGAGCCCCCGGGGCCGCAGUGGGAUGCCAAUGCCUUCAUGGAGCGCCUGGCUGUUUUAGCGGCCUUAGAGGACGAAGAAUGGUCCGACUCGUGGUCUCCGUCGGAAGUGCUUACCGGCGAUCAGUACCGCAAUUCAGCCCAUAUGAUUAUGGAUACGUCGACGCCUGAAGGGAAGGCUGCGGCAGUUCAUUUCGAGCUCAGCAGACCAGGGUCCGUUCACUGGGGCGCUGGGUUUGAUGUGGAAGCCAUCGAGGACGCACUGAAUAUCGGAAUCAUCGUCCUUUCGCAUGAAAAUGGGGGCAUCUACCCACGGGCGUCUCGCACAGAUGUCAAACGGCCUUACUACGUCUUGAUUUAUUAUUACAGUGGAGAGCAUUUUCAGCAGGCAGGCGUCCGGCGUCUUGACGAAGGGGACAAAGGCAGUAGAAUUCGCUCGGCUUUUGGUGCUGACGAGAUACCAGAGUUCAUCCGUCAUGUGCACAGUGAAGAUUGCCGCCAACCGUUGAUUCCGGCGGCUAAGGAACAGAUCUAG